GUUGGUCCUUAUACUGUGAAAGCCAAAAUAAAACGAGAUAAAACUUUUCUCUCGGUCCUGGAAACACAUGGCAGUGAAAGAAAAUACAGCUUAGAUUAAAAAAAAGCUUAUUUACUUCCGGGUGUAAUGGUGUUUGGCACCCGGCGUUGUGCGCGAGGCUUUUUCUCUCUGUUCUUUCCGGGGGUCGCGAGCGGGUAUCACUUUAGCCGACUUGCUAGCUAACGUAAAGAAAGUGGAGAAGACGGAGGCUAAACGGGAGCUUUAUCCGCCUACACAGACCUAUGCGACGGAUAACAGGUGAGUGAUGGAGACGAGAGAGUUGACCGUGGUCGCUGGCAGCUUCGUGGGUUUCCAGCUUCUCUUCUCGGUGGCCAGCCCUCACCUCUCCUGGAUCAUCACGCCGGGGUAUGGACGGCUUCCUCUCAACAAACACACAGAGUGGAACUCCAGGUUGGUGUCGACUGUGCACGCUCUGAUCGUGGGUUUGUUCUGUCUGUACAUCCUGUGGUUCGAUCAUGUGGUCAACGCCGAUCCCGUCUGGGGUGAUCCCAGUCUCGUCAAACUAAAUGUAGCCAUAACCUGUGGCUAUCUCCUUUAUGACCUCGUGCUGUUGGCCACUAACUGGAGCACGAUGGGCGACGGCUUCUUCGUCUGCCACCACUUGGCGGCGCUGUAUGCAUACGGAUAUGUUCUGACUCGAGGCGUGCUUCCCUACUUUGCAAACUUCCGCCUCAUUUCAGAGCUGUCCACACCGUUUGUGAACCAAAGGUGGUUCUUCGAGGCGUUAAAGUACCCUCGCUCUCACCGCCUCGUCGUUAUAAACGGCGUCGCCAUGGCGGUCGUCUUCUUCCUGGUCCGCUGCGCCGUCAUGCCGUCCUAUUGGUCCAGCGUCUUUGCCACUUUCGGCACGGAGGCCUUCGCUAGGCUGGGCCUCGCCGCUCAAGUGGCGUGGAUCUCCUCCUGCAUCGCGCUGGACAUCCUGAACGUCAUCUGGAUGUACAAGAUCGCCCGCGGCUGCUACAAGGUGAUCAAAGGAAGACGGGGGGCGAGGAAAGGAAAGGAGGAGGAGGAGGUGGUAUCGGAGAAGAAGAAGGAGGUGGUAACGGAGAAGGAGGUGGAGAAAAAAGACGGGAAGCACGUCAACAGCCACACGGACUGAAGAGAGCGAAAGGAAAUGUAGAAACACGAAGUGAGGAGGAAGGGGGAAAUCCUCACAGACCCACGUGAUGGUCCUUUAAGUCCCGACACGAGACAAAGAGACUCUCGAGCUCCAGCCUUUGCAGCUCAGUGUUGGGACCGAGGCAGAAAGCACACUUUUAACUCCGUCUGUCACCUUUUCGUUCGUCCUUUUACCCGUCACAUGUCCCCUCCUUCGGCCUCUGAAGGCGCCUGCGAAAGACAGGAUUUUUUUUGCAGGAUCGCAAAGUCUGACAGAGCCUUCAGAAGACGACCAUCUCUCGCUGAUUUUUUUUUUCUCCCCCCCCCCCCGAACAUCAUUUCAUCUACUCCGUCCACGCUCGAGGAGACGCUCCCGUGUACAGUGUUCGUGAAUCUACAGGGCUCUCGUCUUAAAACUCAUCAGACCUCACGAUAUACAGAAAGAGACAGAAAAACACCAUAAUGCCUCUUCUACAGUAUCACCUGCUGUGGCCUCCUUGUAAGAAAGUGGCACCUGCCUAUUAUCACCAGCCAUGCCCCUCCAACGCCCCCUGAACAAUUCGGAUUAUAUAUAUAUAUAUUAAAAUAUUAAGAAUAUGCAUGCAGGACAGACUAGACACACUCUCUAACACCCUGUAGGUCCACAUAGUAGGUCUUUUUCUGCACUGAGCAGUGUUCAAUGUUUCUGGGAUGAUAUCUCCACAACUUUUGAGUUUUUUUCCCAUUUGACAUCAACUGGAAGAUCCGUGAAAGUAGGGCGAUCCGCGUACAGAUCAACGCUCACCGGAGAAAACAUCAAUGUACAUCAGAUGAGCUUUUUUGGUUUAGUUAUAGCUGUUUCCAUGGUAAAAAAAACAAAAACUUCUCGUCUUUGUACGGAGGGCAUUCGCGAGACACCCAAAUACGCUUUUCUGUCUUUUUGAUAAUUGAGAAACACGGUCUAAAGCGAGCUUCUCCUCCACAUACGUAGGGUGGUCUGUGUGAUAUGAUAACAGUUUGACAAUAGCUGAUCCAUGUACAACAAAUAAGCUUUUCGGUUUUUGUCAAUAACGAGCUUCUCCUCCACGUACGGGGGGGAAAUCUACGAUAAAGAGAUGGAGAUAAAAGUUCUACAGAUUAAACGCUCACCGUAGAAAAACAUCCAUUCAAAACAAAUGAGCUUUUGGGGGUUUUCAAUGGCCGAAAGACUUGGUCACAAACAAGCUUCUCCUCCACGUACGGAGAGUGAUCCGUGUAUGGAAACAAAAGUUCUGCCGAGAAAACAUUCACCGUCGGAAAAACAUCCGUGUGCAACAAAUUCGCUUUAUGGGUUUUGUAAUGAUCGUUUCCGAUUUUGAAAGACCCGGUCAAACACGUGAUUGUCCUCAUCCUACGGAGGGCGAUCCGCAUGUGAGAGUGAAACGCUCACUGGCAGCAACAUUCAUGUACAACAAAUUCGCUUUUUUUUCGUCUCUGUUAUAUAAUUGCUUCUUUCUGAAUAACACAAUCAAGCUUCUCCUUCAAUUUCAAGAGUCACGUCAAUUUCUGAAAAGUCAGUCAAGUGAAUAUCAACUCGGAGCGUUUGUAGCGGCCACACAGAAAACAGAGGGUGAGCUUUUUUAGAAAUAAGACGAUGGGUGUAGAGCUUUUUAGAAAGAGACAGAAAGAGAGAACAAGCCGCUCUGUGGACACGGGCUUCUCACAGGACAAUUCUUUGCCUUUUCAGUAUUCAUUGUCGGCAUUGCCCCGCUGUAUUUUUAUUUUACCCGCCCUGAAGUUACAUCCAAUUCAUUUGACACCCAUCGCAACCCUCUGCCUCACUGGAUACUCCACUGUCCAGCUUUUGGUUUUGUUCUACCUCUCCCCCCCGCCUUACAAAGACCUCCCGUCGUCAUGAGACAAAUCAACUUUUUUUUUUUUUUGUCGUUCUUUCUACUGUACCUAGUGAUUUUAGCCUUUGAUAUGUUAUCUGUUGUGAUAUCACUGAUUCAGAGGGACUUCUUCGACCCAGCCAAUGCAGUCAAGUGUGUCUUUCUAAAGAACCCUCACCCCCAAUGGAAGUCUUUAUAUUUCCUCUGAUCACGUUUUUUUGUUCUCCGUGACUCUUGAGAAUCUAAUCUUACAAGGGAAAGGGAAAAGUCCACAAACAUUUGGACUUUUUUUUCCCCCCCACUUCCUUUCCACAAGUUGGCACAAUCAUAGCGUGCGAACGAUAUAAUUGAAGCCCUUCAGAAACACUGACAUGGUGCUCUUUUUUUCUUGCAGAAUGUCAGCAGUAGGAAUGCUAGCAAUACGACAAUUUCUUUCCAAACGCUUCUACAUAAUUUGGAUGUAUCAAUUUAUGGCAAUCUGCAUGUUGUUUAUUUUUCUUUUCUGUAUAAACUGUAAAUCACUUCAGAGCAUGGUAACAUAUUUCUGUGAUGCCUUAGCGACUAGUCAUGAUAGAUGAAUAACAUCUAGAUAUGAAACUGCGUUAAUCCGAAGGGGUUUGUCUUCCAAAAUGUCUCGCCUCUCGGAGCAGACUGAAUGCAUGUUCUUUACUUUCCUCCUCGCUGCAUGUCUGUACAGUUAAUUCUCAUACAGUAGCGCUGUAUGGCCGACUCACUAAUCAUUAACCACAUUCUCUGUGUGGCAGUUUUUUUUUUUUUUACAAAUUCAUGAACUCUACUCGUUGUACACUAAGACUACAUCGCUGAUAUGAUGACGGACAGAGAUACAAGAGCGGGGUUCAGAUCAGGCUUUUGUCACACUACAAGAAAUGUAUAAAUGUCAUUGUUGCUUAUAGGAGAACUCCACCGAUUUAAAAAUGGGGAAAUCGCGGUUUCAAAAACGAUGCCGAUUUUCGUCAAGUUUCCAUCUGAAUGAAGUUAACCAAAACUACAGCUUAAAAAAAAUCUGCAAGAAUUUCACGUUAAUAUAAGGAGAAAAAAGAGGGUGUGUCAAAGUGACGUCAAUAAAACAAUAAUGGAAAAGCGAUAUUGCUAUUUGUAUGAAGGUGACUUUUAUUUUUAUUUUCUCUGUCACUAUUUAUUAACUUUUCAAUGUAGAGUAAAUGCAUUUCAGGGACGUCACUGUGACACACUUUUAAAUAAAAAUGUAUCCGUGUUUUCCAAUUUGAUUUGCAAUUUUAAGAUGUGUAUUAAAACAGAUACACACUUAGUGUUUUAUUUAACUUUUUUUUUUCUUUGACUUAAACCUUUUGCCUACAUUGCCCAUAAUGCAACAGUUCAAUUCAGGUGUGUAGCCGCUAAUUAUGCCGUUUUUGUUUAUUUCAAAUUUUUCCAGUCAGGUUUUCUUAUUUCACAAAAGUAAAAUGCCAAUUAAAACAUAUUUAAAAAAAAAAAAAAAAAAAAAAUGUAACACUUUAUUCCACAACUUGGUACUACAUUACCCAUAAUGCAACACUUCAUUCUAGCGAUUCAGGUGUUCUAAUGGUGGCUCAUUCUGCCUUUUUUUGUCAGUCAGGUUUUAUUUGUUUUUGCCAAUUUACAAAGCACAUAAAAACAGGAAGUAGCAGCUCAUACUGCCCAAUUAUAUUUAUUUGUAUAUUACACAUAUAGUUGUACUAAACAAACCCAUUUUUUUUUUUUUUUUUUUUAAACCUAUGUAGUGGCACUUCCCAAGACGUGAAAACAGAUCCUGUGUCCAAUCGGUGGAGUUCCCCUUUACGCAUUUAAUUGGAACAGAUAAUGGAGAAUAUCUCACUGUGUUGCUAUGGAGACGACCUCCUGUCUGUCUGUCAUCACCACAGAGGAGGGGCUACAGUAUCUUGUGCCUUUUUUAACACUAACGGUGGAUGUGAUGCAGCCAGGUUUUGGAUUAGCAUGACUUUCUAAUGUAAUACCCAGUGAUUAUCUCCUCUGUACUCCACAUGUAUACUCUUUGUAUAUAUUUUUAUAACCUCUUGCCUGCACAAUGAUUAAUCCGGCCAAGUAUUAUAAUCCAAAGCUGAUCCCUUUUCUCGGGGAGUUUUGUGUUUUUCUCCUGAAAUACAGGGAGGUGUGUCUCUAUGAAUGUUGUGAUUUAGUUAUUUAGUGAUGAUGCGCUCAGUGUCCCGAGGCGGUCAGAAUGGAAAUUAUAUUUUUUCACUUUACGACAGGUUAGUAAACGGGGAGGCUAACAUCUCAUUUCUCCAGCCUCCUAAUCUCGAAGCUGUGAAUAGUUGUAGAAAGAAACUGUAAUAUCAAAACUAUAAUAAUCAGAGUACACUGUGGGGAAUGAGCCGAGAAGCAGGUGCACUUCUUCUUUUUGUUUUGUGUUUGUUUUUUUAAACUGCUCGUGCACAGAGUAAAACGACACUCACGAGAAUUGCAAUGUACCGGAGAGAGUUUUUGUAUGUUUCAGGGUUUUCUACAGAAUAUAUUUCAACACCUGAUAUAUGUGUCUCGCACCCUGGGGAUGUUCGGACAGAACGAAUUGAUGGAUUAAAAAAAUAAAAAAGGCUGCUAUUGUAAAGGCCGGGAUCUGAAUCGUAUCAGGUUAGAACAACCACAUUUGCCUUUUCGUUCUUUUUUUGGGGAGGCCAACGUUCAUUAUGUCAAAUAAUGAAUAUAUUUAAAGAUAUAUAUAUUAUUAAGGUAUAUACAAACCUGUAUAUAUCAAAGUAUUGAACACUGAUGCACACUGUACCAAUUAAACGAAUUUUGAGUGUUUUUAAUUUCUCUUCUUUCUUAGGUACAUUAAAACAGAGCUGCAUCAGAAUCUGGUACUCAAACAGUAAAUCUUACACCUGGUACUUGGGCAGUUUUGAUGUCAAGUUUGAUUCUAUUAAAUAAAACGGAUUAAGAAUUGUAUAAUGAUUGAAAAUGACUGGAAAAAUUGCGGAUAAAUUGACAGCAAAUAUGAUUUUUCUUUUGAUUGACUUGCCAGUGUGGCUUCUGUUGUUUCCCCCUCUUUGACUUGUUUUUAUUUUUGUCUUUUAAUGCAAUCUCUUUCAUUUCUUUGUGUUCUGGAGAUUUUAAUGUGAAACAGCCUACACUACACGCAGGCCUCGUCUGAGCGUCGUCUACAAUGACCACUACUAAUGAUCAUGUAACUGUAGUGCUGGAAGUUGAGACUUACUUGAAAGUGUUGCUCUUCAAUAAAGUUGAAGACCAAGAGAAAA